UACGGUUCGACAGCAACGUUACAUUACAAGGUCCUUUUUGGUAUCACGAAUGCUCGCUUCGAACUCUCGGCUGAAUUCUCUCUCGAUGCUUACCUACUCGGUUCAGUGAAAAGUAGACGAUCAAAGAGGUUCGUCAAAAAACCGACAGACCAGUCCGUCCAGACUAAGCGAAUGCUCGCGUUACAUUACAAUGUUCUGUUGCGAGUCAGUCGCCGGCUUUAGCGGAUGCUUCCGAGAUGGGCAAAAUUCUUAUCUGCUAUUACUCGAAUACAAAUUUUGCCCAUCUCUAUUCCAUAGUCCCGUGUAUUCGACGGACCUGUGUUAACCUAUCCGCGGGGGAAUUGAUCUUGCUAAGCUCAGCGGUAAGGCUGCCAGAUCCUGAGGACCUAUCGAACACGGGCCACGGUUUCGAGAUGCGUUGGGAGGACUCUGCGCAGAGUCAACGCAACACGCGGAAGUCUAGCCCGAUGAGGAAGAGCCACGAAUCCAGAACCGAGUCGCGACUAACCAAGGAAACCAAUCUGAUCGAGCCAGAUCCAGACCAAAAAUUCGUCUGCUACGGGCAUCGACGUUACACCAUCGAGAAUCCCAUGGAGAUGCAGCUGCACGUUCGCGUGACCAGCGAGGCGGUUCGUAACCUGUGGAAGUCCGGUACAAGCCAGCAACAGUUCCCCCAACAGAGGAUGUCCUCGCAUCAGACAGCUACGAAUCAACGCGAGCAAAGUUGGCAGAGCAAGGACCGUCAACAGCAAUUCUAUUACACGCUUCAGUAUCGACCUUUGAUACUGAGAACAGAAUACCAGGCUGCGCGAACGGAGACCUACGGAAUCCCCAGGAAACACCUGUCGCCGGUCCUCAGCCCGGAAGUGCCAGAGUUCUUUCCGAAAGUACCGCUGACACGGUUCACCGGCAACAAGGAGCAAACCAACAACCGUAUGCGCUAUUUCCCAUCGUUGAACGAGAGAAGCUACCAGAACGAACUGUUCCCUUACAACAGGACCCACGAAAACGCUGGGGCUUUGUAUCAGACCACCAGAAUACCACUGCUGCCAGCCACAGACACGACGACGUUCAUCCGACCUCCCCAACAGUGGUACCAAAGACUCCCGCCCCCCACGCAAAUACAAAUAUCCACCGCCUCAUCGGCAAUUUGCACGUCGGUGCAGCCAUUGCGCCCAACGACAAUCACGCGUCAUCCCCUACAGGUGCAAGAGAGGUUCCUGCAGUCGAGCCCGAUACCGAUACCGGUUUAUCAGCACCCGGUCGAAAUGUACCACGAGACAGGCCAGAAAAGGAAGAACCAAGGCGCCGACUUCAAGAAUCUGAUACUGUUGACGAGGAACGCCAUGAAGGCGCAUCGGGGCCAAUCGAAAGUCCCACAGCAGAAGAAUUACGUUCUGGAAACGAGAAAUCGAAACGCCAAGUCGGAAUCCGAGGUGCUUCAAUGGCUGGACAAGAGUUGCCCGUCGAAGCCCAACGAGGCCGCGGUCGACACCUUGGCCACGGAGUUGAGGAACUUCGAGCGGAGAUGCGACAGAAAAACGUCCGGUUCCGCGAAGGAAAAGGACAAUUCGAAGAACGUGGAACGUCCCAAGACGGAAGCUGGGACCUCCGUUCAAGGAUCCUACCCGAAAUCGGCUAGCGAGAGGGACAAGAGCGAAGGUCGCAGCAAAAAGAGACUCUACAGGGACGUUCUAGCGAACAGCGCUGAGAACCAAGCUAUGAUGGAGAACGUAUUCGAGAAAAGGUACGACGAAUUGGAACAACAGGCGAUAGAGCAGUACAGAACUUCGGAGGAAUCUCUGGCGCUUAAAUACCAAGAGCUCGAACGUCAGGCGAUGGAACAAUACGGAUGUUGCGGAAACGCGACGGAGGAAGGGUCGACGUCGCAGGCGUCGGCUGAUCAGGAAGAAAUCAGCGACACCAAAACUAUCAAAGACACCAACUGUUCGGACGGGCGAAAGUGUUCAGGUUUUGGACGCUGCAGUCCCGUGAAUUCGAACGAGAAAGAUACUUUUCCGCGAGAUACGUUCGCGCAGACCGAAAAUAAAAGCGAAACGGACGCGAUAGAUAAUCGACCGAGCGUCCUUUCGACUACGGCCUCCCAAAAAGUGUAUCACGAAUCGAAAAACACGUCUAAGGGUGCAUCAGGUGAUAAAAUCGACGAGAAUGUCCGAGGAUCGUCGAAAAGGCCUCUGAUACUGGUGUCACCCUACGAGAAACGAUCAGAGGCCAGAUUAACGAGAACAACGGACCUAGAGGAAUUUUAUUGUAUCGCGCAGACGAAUAAAAAUAUCUUCGAUUAUUAUAACGAUACGAAAAUCGGCAAGUUGGGUGGCGGCGACGAGAACAUAACUAUCAUUCAGUCGCCCAGAACGGAAGUUUGGCUCUCCGGAUUUUGGACUACUUAAGGACUCGAGGAAAGAGUGUAAACCUUGGAGUAAGCAAUGAAAGUGUAACACAUCGAAGAAAACAGCUACGGUACAUGGAUUCAUGUAUUUUAUUAUGUUAAUAAAUGCUUC